AUGAACUACCAAACACAUUCUAAACAAAGAUGGGUAGGGCGGACUUUGGUUGAGACGUAUAUUAAUGAUUUCGGCGAGCCUUUAGAGGGAAUAGUCAAAGACAUUCAACAUGGCAACCUAUACAUUGUCAGCAAUGUGGGCACAUCUCUCCCGAGUGAGUCCUUGAAAGGUUUAGAUAUUUUAUCCCAGCGUAAGGUCGAAAGUAAAGACGUGAUCCACCACCUUAAACACAAACACGAGCCAGCUAUUCCUUGGCUGAGUAAAAUUUCAGUUGUUUUUGAAAAUGAUGAAAUAAUUGUUGUUGAUAAACCAUCUGGAGUGCCGACGCACCCUUCGGGAAACUACAUGUUCAAUAGCCUCUCGGAAAUCGUAAAGGAGAUGUACGGCUUUGACUCAAUUUGGACUUGCCACCGUCUAGACAAAGUCACAAGUGGCGUGCUAAUAUUGUGCAAAAGUAGAGAGUCAGCUAUCAAAUUUCUGAAUUUACUUCAAGACAAAAAGAACCGGGUAAAGAAAGUAUAUUUGGCGAGGGUGAAAGGCGAGUUCCCCCCUGGAGAGCAAGUGUACAAUUGUCCCGUGUUUGCCGUCAAUAUGAAUGGAUAUCUACAGCCAGGAGAUUUGGAAAAUGUACAAGCAGACACAACAACAGUCUUUGAGCGAAUGGUUUACAGCCAGGAGCUUAAUGAAAGCAUCGUCAAGUGCCAACCAAUAUCGGGAAAAUUCCACCAAAUCAGAAUUCAUUUGAGAAACUUGGGGUAUCCGAUUUCUAAUGAUCAUUUUUACAACCCAAUUGAAGCAAGCAAAACUUAUUUUGCAAAAUCAAACUUGGAAACAUUGUUGUAUAAAAUGUUAUUCCAGCGGUACCCCCAAUUUAAAGAUAUGGCACCACCUGGAAGUCCUAUAAGCGCUCCAAAAACGCUUGAUUUGUUGAAUAUAAUCAACUGGAAUUCAGAUUCUAAGAUAAAGGAGCAACUAAUAGAACUUAAACAAUCUCAUUCGAUGGAUUUGAAAUCACGAAAAUCAACAACCUGUGAGGAAUGUGGACGACCAUUGUUCGAUGAGGACCAUGUAACCCACUUCUCAAUUUACUUGCAUGCAUGGCGUUUCGAAUAUGAUGACAAGUGCUUUAAGACCAAGCUUCCUCCAUGGACGCAAAUAUCCUAA